GUUCACGGUGAUGCCAUUCGGCCUCACCAACGCACCCGCUACCUUCCAGAGGGCGAUGAACGACAUCUUCAGGGACAUCCUGGAGCAGUACAUUCUCGUCUACCUCGACGAUAUCCUGGUCUAUAGUCGUACCCUUGAGGAGCACCUCAGACACCUCCACGACGUCCUUGACCGCUUGCGCAGACAUGGCUUCUACGCCAAGCUAAGCAAGUGCCGCCUUGCCCAACACAAACUGGAUUUCUUAGGACACUACGUGUCUGACCAGGGUCUCCACAUGGACGACGCAAAGAUCACUGCUAUUGCGGAGUGGCCCGCUCCCACAUUCGCCAAGCAGCUUCGCAGCUUCCUAGGUCUGACCAGCUACUAUAGUAACUUCAUCCGGGGAUACGCUAGGUAUUCCUACGUCCUUACCUCCACCCUCCUCCGGAAGAACCUACCCUGGGCUUGGACACCCCUCCACGAGGACGCCUUCCGCGCCCUCAAGAAGGCGGUGACAUGCGCACCGGUUCUUCACCUACCCGAUUUUGACCAUCAUUUUAUCAUUACCACAGAUGCGUCAGACUUCGCUGUAGGAGCAGUGCUUUCUCAGGUCUUCCCCUCCUCUCCUGAUUCCUCUCAUCCUCGUAUCCCUCGAUUCCCACCACCUACCCCUACCACUGCUUCCCGACUGACGCCUACUCGUCCAGCUACUGACGAGCCUUCUAUUGACUAUUCUCCUACCAUCGCCGAGGACGGCACUUUCGAGUCUCGCUCAGGUGAUUGUCCGAUAGCCUUCUACUCCCGUCAGCUCCUGCACGCACGUGAGGUUCUCGCAGUAGUUUAUGCCGCUCGGCACUGGCGUCACUACCUGCACGGGGCACCAUUCACGGUGCGCACGGACAACUCUGUUGUCCAGGCUUUUCUGACAAAGCCGAAGCUCACUCCUCGACAGACUCGCUGGUGGCGCGACCUAUUCGAGUUUAGUUUCACCACUGAGCACAUCAAGGGUGAGACUAAUCGGGUCGCCGAUGCCCUAUCCCGGCGCCCUGACCACGACCAGGAGCACAUCCAGCUCUCUUCCAUCUCGGUCAGCACCGUCCACCACUCGGUGAUUGACGAGUUUCGCACUCAGUACCGCCACUGCCCCGACUAUCGCGACAUCCUCGCGACCCUUCGGAGUGGCAAGACCGUCCCGAACUACUCUCUCGGGGACAACGGUCUUGUGUACUCCACUGGACAACUACGUGUCCGAGCAGUAGCAGAGUUCCAUGACCGGGCAGCUUCCGGUCAUAUGGGCUUCCACAAGACGUUGGCUCGUGUGAGCCGCCUGUACGUCUGGCCGAAGCGCAAGGACUUUAUGAAGGACUACGAGUGUCCCACCAGUCAGGAGGUGAACAGUGCGAACCAUCUACCUUAUGUUUUGCGCCAGCCUCUUCCUAUCCCUGAGGGCCGUUGGCAGUCCAUCUCGAUGGACUUUAUCGGUCCUCUUCGACCUCCGACCCCCCGCGGUCAUGAUGCUAUCCUGGUCGUCGUCGACCGCUUCACGAAGCGUGCACGCCUUGUUCCGUGCCCCUAUGCCAUCAGUGCACGUGAGGUCGCCGACAUCGUAUUUGACCGAGUCGUGCUUGACCACGACUUACCUCUGAGCAUCAUAUCUGACCGUGACCCGCGCUUUACCAGCCGAUUCUGGCGACGGCUGCACGAGUGUUGUGAUGACUCGCGAAGAGCUGGACGACUCGCGAAGACCUGCAGAGAAGAUUUACACAGGGUUGAGAUAGCCACGAAGAACGACACGGAGUGCAGAAAACGUCAACGUCUUCGAACGUUCGUUGGAAGUGAGGAGCAACUUGUUUGGAACGGGAAACGAUCGAAGAUGAGUGCGGAGAGUGCCCCUGGGGGGUUAAGGGGAGUCAGCGGGUCAGAAGGAAGAGAUAGAGAUCGACAAAGAGGACAUAACCCGCUAGCAGGAAAGACGUGUUACAAAUGCGGGGAAGCAGACCACUUUGCGGGGAUGUGCGUGGAGUACUGGAAGGCGAAAGCACAAGGGGUGUCAUUUGUACUGCCACCGGUAAGAACUGGCCGUACGAUGAACACUGGACCGGAACAAAAAAGCCAUUCAGCUGAAAGCACGGGACCGAGAUCGGAGCAAGAAAAGACCAAUAGAAUGAUGAGAGAAUACUUUAUACAGUUGGCACAGGAGAAGAAAGACAGAGCCGAACGGGAAGCACUUGAGAUGGAGCAAGCGAGAGAAAGAGCGGUCAAACUCGAGAAAGAGAGAAGGCGGCAGGAGAAGCUUGAAGAAAAAAACCGAUACGAAGAUAAGAGGGAUGCGAGGUUAAUAAGGACACUUCGAGCAGAGAUGAAACGGGAGGAGAGUAACGAAGCGAAGAAGUACGAUGGUCGAAGCAAAGUUGAAAGCGAGGAAGAAGAUGACGCAGAACUGAUCGAUUUAAGGAGGCGUGCAUCGGCUCUUCGAAUCAACAAGAAGAGGAAGCGGGCCGUGGACGUCACGAUUGAGAACAGUCCCCCGAUGAAGACACCAGCAAAAGAACAGAGAGUUCGCCUGAUUGAAGAAGCGCAGUUACGUAUCGAGCAUCUCAGGAGCGUCGAAAAAGGAAAAGCUAGCGCAUCAGCAUCGGUGAAACGAGACCUUACGCCCGCCAUGGGCUCGGCUAUGAAACUUGGGCUAUCACUCAAGCACGUGACAACUGGCACUAACCCAGGUGCUCAGGAGAAGUUCGAACGAGAGAUUCGUGAACUCUAUGAAGCCCUGACGAUCGAAGAACUCAAGGAACAGUGUAAGAUCCAUAAGAUUGCAUAUGGAAACCGAGACUUAGCAGUGAAGAAACUGGUGACGAGAAGGACUAUCGAAGCGUACGAUCCAGUGAAUAUCCCUUCACAGGAUACACCACGAGUGGCUACUAGGAGCAUCAAGAAGAGUUGUGAAGAUGUGAAAGCUCACUCGUCAGAGGAGGAAGCCUCUAACUCCGAAUCUGAAGAUACGGAGUGAAGAACACAUGCGACUAAUCUCUGGAAAGAAAUUGAUGAAUUGGCCGAACGAAGACGGAAAGAAGAUGGUAGAUGUAAAUCAGAUGAGAGACGGAUGUGCGCGUUGACUAUUGCGUUAGCAGUAACCGGUGAACUAGAGUGGGCGGCGAAGUUCGUUCCGUACUAGAAGGAUGCGUACGAGAAGGGAGACCUAGAGUUAUCGACACCUAGGAAUUGUGUGUACGUACUUCUAUCACCAUGGUAUAAACAAGCCUAUAUCCGCAUUAACGAG